AUGAAUACAUACACAUUUUCUAUCUCUAUAUCCAUCUUCUGCAUACUCACCCACAUUUCAUCAUCCUUAACCUCCGACGGCCUCUCCUUACUAGCCCUCAAAUCCGCCAUUACAACCGACCCAACAAACUCUCUAACCACCUGGUCCGAAACCGACUCCACCCCCUGCCAUUGGUCCGGCAUCACCUGCAACUCCGCCCACCGUGUCACCGCCGUCUUCUUCCCUCACCGCAACCUCACCGGCUACCUCCCCUCAGAACUCGGCGCCCUUCUCUCUCUAAAACACCUCACUCUCUCUAACAACAACUUCUCUAAACCCAUCCCUGAUCAUUUAUUCAACGCCACUAAUCUCUUACCCAUUGAUUUAUCACACAACUCCCUCACCGGACCUUUACCGGAAAAAAUUAAAAACCUCAAAAUGUUAAUGUUUUUCGAAACCUUACUAGCCUCGCCGGAACUGUUAACUUGUCGUGGAAUGAAUUUUCCGGCGAGAUUCCGGCGUCUUACGGGCUGUUUCCGGUCAUGGUUAGUUUGGAUCUCCGGGGUCGCUGGAACCACCGCCGCCGUAGACGACGGCACCGGCUCCGCCGGAGGUCUUAUCGCUGAUGUCACUCUCAUAACGGCUAGUCCUGAUGUAACGGCUAGUUUCUCGCUAACAACUCGUUCGGAUUCAAUUUAUGAUUGCAGGCUCUUGUGGACUGAGUCAUUGAGGGAAUCUCGGAGGAAUAUGCUUCUAUUUGUGCAUGUGAGUGGGGCUGAUGACCGUUAUGGUGAUCGUGGAUAG